GCCCCGCUGCCGUGCGGCGCGGGCGGAGGGGUGCGCGGGGCCGGCUGGCGACCUAGGGGCUCCCGCCGCCGCCCCGCCCGCCCGCCCGCGCCAUGCCGCCCCCUGCUCUGCUUUGCGCGCUCUGCUGGGGCCUCCUGGCCACCGCCACCCACGCCGGCUACUCGGGGGACGGCUGCAGCUGGAGCGGCAGCGGCCUGACCCAGGAGCCGGGCAGCGUGGGGCAGCUGUCCCUGGCCUGCUCGGAGGGCGUGAUCCAGUGGCUGUACCCGGCCGGGGCGCUGCGCCUGACCCUGGCCGGCUCCGGCUCCGGCACGCGCUCGGGCAUCGCCUGCCUGCGGCCCGCGCGGUCCUUCGCAGGCGCCCAAGUCUUCGCGGAGCGGGCGGGCGGCGCCCUGGAGCUGCUGCUGGCCGAGGGUUUGGGCCCGGCGGGGGGCCGGUGCGUGCGCUGGGGUCCCCGUGAGCGCCGGGCCCUCUUCCUGCAGGCCACCCCGCACCCAGACAUCAGCCGCCGCGUGGCUUCCUUCCGCUUCGAAACGCACGAGGACAGGUACCCAGAGCUGCCUCCACAGGCCCACGGUCUUGGUGCCGAUGUGAUCAACGGAACCAUCCGCGGGGUUGCCCACAACACAGAGCUGCAGGAAUCUGUUAUCACAGUGGCAGCUGCCCGUGUCCUCCGACAGACGCUGCCGCUGUUCCGGGUCGGGGAGUCCGGGGGCCAGGCCUCCAUUCACACCCCGCUGCGCUGCGGCGUCCGUCCUGGCCCCGGCGCCUUCCUCUUCAUGGGCUGGAGCCGCUUUGGUGAGGCCUGGCUGGGCUGUGCACCCCGCUUCCAGGAAUUCAGCCGUGCCUAUGCGGCUGCCCACGCCGACCACCUCCACCCCUGUGAGGUGGCACUGGACUGAGCGGCCGGGAGCAGGGCACUGGGGAGGGGCUGGGAGAGGGUGGGUGGGGAGGGACAGCCUCCUCAGGGUCCCAGCUGCUUCUGAGGUGAUAGCCAUAACCAAUAAGAACACUGAUGUCAUUAGCCAGCGUAGAUGGAGUGUCCCAUGCCUGAGCCUGGGCCAUCUAAGCCCCCCCAGCCCCACUGCUCCGAUUUCUGCUUCGGAGUAGGACACUGAGGCUCUGGGCAGUGAUGCCUUGUCUAAGGCCACCCGGCUAGUGAGUGGGAGAGUGGCCCGUGCCCGUGCCUUGAAGGCGAGCUGCUGCUUGGGUUGGGGGGAAGCAGGGACCCUUCCUCCCACGUGAUCCUCAGCCCUGCUGCUCCUUCCUUCGAGGCCAGGUUCUUCCGUAAGUGAGAAUGCAAGCGGAAAAAGGGCUGUAACUCCCCAGGUCUGAGGUGGGAGGGGUCCUUUACUGGGGGACAGGCAGGAAGACAGCACUCCUAGCCUGUGAGGGAAGGCGGUGCAAUCUGGCAGGAUGCCAGACUUCCCUCUGUGGUCCGCUGGGAGCCCAGCAGAGUCAUCCUGGCCGCGUCCAUCCGAUCCUCGGGGAAGAACGGCCCCCUCUGUCCUGAGGGCCCUGAGACGUGCGUAGCAUCCGGACAUGGCUCAUCCUCACGGGAGCGGGGUCUGCCCUGCAGGGUCGGGCACCGUUUCUGGAGGGCAGGGUGAUACAAUGGGGUCUCUAAGGCCCGUUUCCCGCCACUGGCCCCAUUGUUGCUGCCUCCGCCUUCCUCUUCAGCCUCAGUCACAUAAAAGGCCAGGGCAGUUUGGGACAAAGCCCUGUGCGGAGGCUGAAUGCCCCUGGGGCGGGGGUGCACGCGAGGGCUUCUGAACCGGGACUGGCUGACUCUGCUCACUCCAACCCCACGCGUUCCUGAGGAAGCCAAAGCUCAGGGUGGGGGUGGGGCACCCGGACUCACAGGCUCAGCCCCAGAAACAGCUUCCCAUCCUCAUCCGCCAGUCUGCAGUGGGGAAGGAGCUGACGGUGGGCAUGGAGGCCGGGGGCCGCCUCAUCUUUCAGGCAGGAGCUGAGACUAAAAGAGAGGCCGGCCGGUCUGUGCAGGGCCCAGAUGCAGGGCUCCUUCCUCCAGAUUUGGCUGACACUUGUGGGUAGGGGAGGCAGGUUCCCAGGGGUUUGCAGCCACCCGCCCUCCUGAGGCUCACUGCCGCUCCCUUCUCCCCAAACUCUCAACCAUGGAGUGCUCAGGGUCACGCAGUAGACCUCUCCUGUCCCUUGACAUUCACUCAUCGGAGAGCUGGAGCAGCCUCGUGGCUUUAAAAACCAUCAGUGUGCUGAUGACCCUGUGUUUUGAUCUCCAGCCUGGACCUUUCCCCUGGACUCUUCCCCUCACCGAAGAGCAUCUCGGCAAAGACCAGAGGAGGAAGAGAUGGGUGUACUCUCCUGAUCCUCCUCCUCUGCUGGGAGGUUUCUGCUUUGUCCAGGCCCCAAGGACGGCUUCCUCUCCAAGGCUAUCCUUACCCUUGGUAUCUGUCCUGAUUUUGUGGUCAGUUCCCCACAGCCUUUCAUGGGAAGGACGCCCCUGGCCACACCCGGGGGUCACUGUGGACUGCCUCCCAGACCACCUGUCCACAAAAACGUAGGGCGGCUGCUCUGGGCUGAGCCCUUGGUUGGACACUGGUCUCUACGCACCUGUCCCAGGAAGUGCCUGAGCCUCCCAUGCACACCCCCUCCGCAAAGUGCUAACUUUGCAACUAGUAUUCUUUUCAUAAGGUGCAGAAAGGGCAGAAGUGGGUAUGGCUAACAGGGCUAAAGGAGGCCCGGGGUGCUCCAGGUCAUGCCCCAAAGUCUUGGGCCAGGGGCUUCAUGCCUGCCCUGGGGGGCGGGGGCAAGGGGAAACGGUGUGGGUGAGCAUGUAUGUGGGGGCUGUGGGCUAAGGGAGCUGGCCUGUGGGGCACCUCUGGGCAUGUGCACUCACACAGGUACGUGCCCGACUGCUGAGGAGCAGAGCACCUGAGUAAACAUGAGAGUUGUGGGGUGUGUGCACUGAGGAGUCUGGUUACGUGCAUUCAUUCAGUCAACAGCUUUUAUUGAGUGCCUUCUAGGUGCCAGGUGCUACCCUAGGAAUAAAACAAGGAACAAAACACACAAGGGUGGGGUACUGUGUAAGCACCCCCCCCCCCCAACUGCCUAGAGCCCAGUGCACAAACUUUCUUUCUGGGGAGGGCCCAGUGACAGUCCCACAGGAGACAGGAUCCUGUGAGCCACGUGGGGCCGACCCUCCUCCCCAGUGCUCAUUUCUUGGGAGCAUGGCACUGGAGUUUCCUGCCACCCACAGGUGCCUGUCUUUCAGGACUGGGGCCAGUUGGGGACAAGUACAGGCAGGCAUGUGAGGCGACGUGUACCUGAAGGUGGGGGCAGGGGUCUUGGGCAUGUUUAUAUUGUCUGAUGCUGAGGCUCCGGACCAGGGUCGCGGAUGUCCAAGUAGCCAGGCCAUGACCUGUGUACAUGAAAGCCCCUAACAUUCACGAGACAUCUCACCCAGCCUCAAGGUGGGAUGAGGAGGUUCUGGCUCUGCCACCUGACCCAGGGCUCUGUCCCCCUAUUUGUUUCUCCCACCCCCAGGCUUUGCCAGAUCACCUCCGGGAACUCAUAUUAUUUGUUUUUUUCUCUGGGUUUGCGUUUUUGGAGAAGGAAGGUGGUCUGCCUAGCUCUUGGGGCUCUUUCUUCCACUCCCGUGGCUGGGCCGGCUGCCAGUCGCUCGACCCCUCAUAUCCGGCCCCCGUCCGACCACACUCACAGCCAACAUGUGCCUUCUCGGGUCAGCUAGAUCUCCCGGUCAACCCUACCUCUCAGCUGAACUCCCAACUUCCGCCGCACCCUCCCCGUCCUGUCCACUCGGGCUAAUUGCCUUCAGCUGUGGGAAGGGCCCGGGAGGGUGUCCUCCCUGAGCCCGCCCCCGGGCUUGGCUGGC